AUGAAUUGGACACUGCUUUUAGUUGCAGUGAUUGGAGUCACUGUUGCUAUGCGAAAACAAGGUGUCGCAGUCAAAGGAGUAUUGAAGUGCGGCACUGCUUUCGCAAAUCAUACAAAAGUUCGGAUUGUUGAUCUUGACACUGGACCGGAUCCAGAUGAUACCUUAGACGAGAAAAGGACUGGAGCCGAUGGUGCAUUUUCACUCACUGGAAGCACUCAUGAGCUCACUUCUAUUGAUCCUGUUCUCUAUAUUUGGCACGAAUGUAGAGAUGAAGAUACUGUGAGUUCAAAAAAUGGGGAAAUUUUCAAAUGAAGCAAAUAUUUCAGCCAUGUUCGCGAAAAAUUCGAUUCACAAUUCCGAAAAAAUUCAUUCACGGUGGAACCCCAACUGAAGAUCAAUGGAUCGAUAUUGGAACUAUCAAUCUUGAAGGAACAUUUGAUAACGAGGGAAGAGAAUGUAUUAAAGAUUAA